CAAUAACCUCGGUCAAGAUACGUUUUGAAUGAAACAGUCCUGUGUUACUGAUCGUUGAAGGCAUCUGUGUUGUGAACGAAAAAAAUAGUUAAAAUGGUAGACGUGGACCACUGGCUAACAUCGAACAGAGAAGAAGUAUUAAAAGUUUCUUUGGAAAGUUUGGGAAGAACAGAUGAAGAACUGAAGGAAUAUGUUAGUAUAUUAACAGAAUGGUUGGAAACACAACCACAUCUUCCAGAGAAACCAAGUGAAAACGUGAUAAUCAACAUUGUAUUGAUGAACAAGUUCAGUAUUGAGAAAUGUAAACAGCGUCUUGAUAUGUAUUAUACAAUAAGAAAUUUACUCCCCGAAAUAUAUGGAAAAAUGGAUUCUAAAAUGACGAUGAAAAUUGCAGAUGAUAUAUUAUUUUUUCCAUUACCAAAGAGAACUGUAGAACAAGAUCGAAUCAACAUAGUGAAACUGAAGGAUAUUGAAACCAAUGAUUUUGAUAUCUAUACUUGGAUGGGAUACUGUUAUAACGUCUUAGACUUGAGACUCAGCGAAGAUAUUUGCACAGCUGAAAUCAUUGUUAAUGAUCUGGAGUUUUUCAAGUUAUCACACAUCACGAAAAUCACUCCAGUUCAUAUAAAAAAAAUAGUUAUGAUAUUAGAGAAAGUCUACAGUAAUAGGAUAAAGCAAUUCCACUUCGUGAAUUGUCCUCCGUUUGCGUAUAAUAUAUUGAAUUCUGUUAAGUCACUCAUGAAACCAAAACUGGCUGCUAGGAUAUUUUUCCACGAAGAUUGUUCGAAAAUUGGAGACAUUAUACCUCUAGAAGUAUUACCUAAGGACUAUGGAGGUUCAGAGUUGUCUCUCUAUGAUCUGAACGAGUUGUGGAAGAAGAAACUGGAACAGUACAGUGCUAGAUUUAACAACCUUUCAAAGAUGAAAACCAAUGAAAUUCUUAGACCAUCACCUCUAGUCAAUGACGAAGUGCUCGGAUUCCAUGGGAACUUCAGAAAACUGGAGAUGGAUUAACAAAUACAGAUCAAUUCCAUCAUUUAGAAAAAAAAAAUUCAUUUUGAAUAUUACUCAAUCAAGAAAAUAAAAAUUUCUAAACAAAAUC